AUGACAAUUGUUGCUCAAAGAGAAGAUUUUUGUAGUACUAUUAAAGGAAAAGAAGUAGAUUUAUAUACUUUAACAAAUGAAUUUUUAACAAUUAACCUUACUAAUUAUGGUUGUCGUCUUAUUGAUAUUAUUACUCAAGGAAAGAAUGGCCCUGUUAAUGUUUUAAUAGGUUUUCGUAGUUUAAAAGGAAUUAUGCAAUGUGAUAAUUGUAUGGGAGCUAUCAUUGGUAGAUAUGCUAAUAGAAUUUAUAAAGGAGAUCUUGUUAUUGAUGGUCAUAAAUAUCAAUUACCAAUUAAUAACGGAAUUAACUGUCUCCAUGGAGGAGAUGGAUUUGACAAAAAAGUAUUUACAGUAACAAAAAUUACUAAAACAGAAGUAGUAUUAGAAUUAGAUGAUAAAGAUGGAUCUAAUAAUUUCCCAGGAAAUGUUCAUGUUGUUAUAACCUAUGAAUUACAUGAAAAUAAUUUAGUUAUGACAUUUGAAGCAACAACUGAUCAAACUACUGUUGUUAAUAUCACUAACCAUUCUUAUUUAAAUUUAAAUGGAGAUGGAUCUAUUGUUCAUCAUCAACUUCAAAUAUAUAGUGACCAAUUCCUUCCUAUAACAAAUGAAAUUGUACCUACUGGAGAAAUACGAAAAGUUGAGAAUACACCUUUUGAUUUUAGAGAGUUUAAAGAAAUUGGUAAAGAAAUAAAUGAUGAAUAUGAACAAUUAAAAUUAGGAACUGGAUAUGACCACUCAUUUAUCAUAAAUGAAAAUGCUCCACAUUGUUCAUGGGAUAAAAACCUUAAACAAAUAGCAUGUGUUAAGGGAGAUCUAAGUGAAAUCCAAAUGUCAAUUUAUUCGUCUCAACCUGGUGUUCAAUUUUAUACAUCUAAUUUUAUGCCUGAAGGAUUUAAAACAAGAACAGCUUUUUGUUUAGAAACUCAACACUUUCCUGAUUCACCUCAUCAUCCAGAAUUUCCUUCAACCUAUUUAAAAAAAGGAGAGCUUUACCAUCACGUUUGUGUUUAUCAAUUCCAGUAA